CUUCCUGUAACAAAGACUUUAUCAAGUGAUUCUUUUCCGUACCUCAAACCAUACUCUUGGUUAACAUUUACCUGUCCCAACUUGUCAAGCAAGUUUCUUUUAAAUCUUUAAGUAUUCUUAACUUUAGCCAGCUCACACAUCUGCAAGAAUAUCCAGGAUGCUACUCAUUUGACAGGGAUCACACACAGAGCAGCGUGAAGGUGGAGAAGCUCGCCUUCCCCACAGUGGCGAUGUAUCGGCCAGGAAUCCUAGGUAGAAGAAAACGUGUCUGGAAGCCAUGGAUGGUUACCCUCACUACCACGGCUGUUUUCUUGGCUUUGACAGUGCUCAUCGGUCUCCUUGUUUACUUUUUGGUGUAUGAUGAGAAGACUCAUUACUACCAGACCUCCUUCUGGAUUCCCAGUAUUAGAUAUAGCUCAGAUUUGUCUGAAGAGCAGUCAAAAUUUCGGACUGACCUGAAACAAAAAAUCAACAAUGAGAUAGAUGUGACAUUUCAAAGUUCCAGCUUAAAGCAUCAUUAUGUCAAAUCUCAAGUUGUCAACUUUCGACCCAGUAAUGCUGGUGUGAAAGCAGAUGUACUGAUUAAAUUUCAGAUUCCCCGUAAGAAUGUGGGCACUUUGAAAAGACAAGCUGAUAGCAUUUUGCAUAAGAAGUUUCAAUCCACUCAGACCUUCUUGAAGACAGACAUUUCAUUACCUUACCUUAGAGAAAUGAAUAAAGCACAAGCCGAGCAUAUUCUAAACAGCGACUGUGGCUUGGGGAUGGAGUACCCACCCACCGCAAGAAUCGCUGAUGGCAAACCUGCAGACAAAGCUUCUUGGCCGUGGCAGAGCAGCCUGCAGGUAGAAGGCAUCCACCUCUGUGGUGCAUCUCUCAUUGGCUCCCAGUGGCUCGUGACCUCCGCUCAUUGCUUUGACAAUUACAAAAACCCCAAACUGUGGACAGUAAGUUUUGGAAGAACCCUUAGCAAUCCACUGACAACACGAAAGGUGGAAUCCAUCAUCGUUCAUGAGAACUACGCAGCCCACAAGCACGACGACGACAUCGCUGUGGUCAAGCUCUCCAGGCCUGUGCUGUUUUCUGAAAAUUUGCGCAGAGUCUGUCUCCCUGAUGCUACUUUUCAAGUCUUGCCGAAGAGUAGAGUGUUUGUCACCGGAUGGGGAGCGCUGAAAGCCAACGGUCCCUAUCCCAAUACCCUGCAAGAGGUUGAAAUAGAGAUCAUAAGUAAUGAUGUAUGUAACCAAGUUAAUGUAUACGGUGGCGCUAUAUCAUCGGGAAUGAUUUGUGCUGGAUUCUUGACAGGAAAACUAGAUGCCUGUGAGGGUGAUUCUGGAGGACCUCUGGUUAUUUCAGAUAAUAGAAAUAAAUGGUAUCUUCUUGGAAUUGUUAGCUGGGGAAUAGACUGUGGAAAAGAAAACAAACCCGGAAUUUACACCAGAGUGACUCAUUAUCGGAACUGGAUUAAAUCUAAAACUAACAUCUAAUGUCACAGCCACCACUUUAUCCAACCUGGAGUGUCACAUACAGCCUCUGGCAAAUUGUAUUCCAUGCUCACUGCCAUGUGCAUUGUCAUCUAGCUCAAGAUGCAACUGAGUAUGGUGCAGGGACCUUCCUCUUAAACCAGAGGGGACAGCCUUCCUUUCACAUCAUUGGAAUGGUUCCGUUGACUAUGAACACAAAAGAUGCUGUCUGCUUCACAAAGAUCUACCAUUCUGCAAAGUGUCUGAUUACCUCCCGGGCUCACCUCUAUUCUACUUCAGAAUUUUUUCAACUUAUACUAAUCUGAAAGUUGAGUAGAUACUAACUAUCCAGCCAUUCUCUUCUUUUCUCAAGAGGUGACUUCCUUCUCUGAUUCCCCCAUAGUUUUUUGUCUUCAUCAUAAAUGUUCACCAGCAGUUUGUUGGUUCAAUGACUGGACAGGCCAAAUUAAUUAGUCUAAGUCAAUGGUGACACAGUGAUGGUGGAAACACUGGAUAUGAGGCUAGGACUUAAGAGAUGGUUAUGAGGAGGUCCAUUCCUUUUCAUUGUAGAUAUGCAUUUAACCUUCUCUGAAACUUGGUAUUUAAAUUUGUGCAUAUUUUAUUUUCUUUAGACAAUUUAGCUGGUAUGUAUUUUUAAGCGAUUCACCCACCAUGUUUUUAUAGUAACUGAGACAAAUUAUAGAUAUUUCUUUGUAUAAAUACCUUUCGAUACUUGAAAAUUAAAAGUGCUUUUUCUUGUCCCCGUUAUUAAUGAAAUAUAAAUAAGAAUCUAAAAAGGUUACUUUCAGCUCCAUCUCCAAAACGAGGGAUGUUUCAACAUCUGUAUAAAUUUAUUUUUCAAGUGUAUGGUUUUUUACCUUAAUUCAUUUUAUUUAAACAUCAUUAUUUUCUAUCAUGUUUAGAAUAAUUGUGUAGCUAUAAGAUGGGGAGUCAGUGUAAAUAAAUUCUAAGAAAAUAUAAACAUCAGACAUUUGAAGCUGAACUACCAGCAGAUAUUCAUAAAACACUUGAUACAAGAUAUCAGUAAAGAUGUUGUGCAGUAUUUGAAUUUACCAUUACAUUGCAGGUAUAUUCUGCAAUAGGAUAUUUAUAUAUAUCAUUCAAAUAAUCUGGAAAGCAUCUUUAAUUGUCAUUUUCAUAUGUAUUUAGUUGCACAUUUUAUAGUACCUCAUGUGAAUAUAGAAUAGUAUCAAACCAAACUGAGACUUACUCUGUACAUCCUAAUCUUUAUCCUCCUUUUAUUAUUAAUGAAUUAUCUGCUGUUUUAAGUUUUUAUUUUGGUUUUGUAUUAAGUAAAACUCUUACACUGUACGUAUUGAAAAGCAUUUACAGUAAUAAACCAAAUUCAUUCUCUCUCAGA